UUAUGUUUGAAGGGUUGGUUGGAACCUGUAGAUCUGCCUUUACUUGAACGAAGCAGGAGUAAAUUGUUACCAUCGCCACUGGUUCUCAUCUUCACUGUUACAUCUCCUUCCGCUUUAAUCACUAAACAAAAUGUCGCACGCUCGAGAGGAAGAAGAAGUGGGCAAGCUAGCCAUCAGGUUAGCAAAUGCCGUGGUUCUUCCCAUGGUCCUCAAAUCAGCCCUCGAGCUCAACCUAAUUGACAUCAUCGCCGCCUCUACCGACGGUGUCUUCCUCUCGACUUCGGAGAUCGCCACCAGGAUUGCUACCAACAACCCCGACGCACCCGUCUUGCUCGAUCGUAUGCUACGGCUCUUGGCCAGCUACGAUGUACUCAAGUGCUCCGUCAGAACCGGAGAGAAUGGCGAAGUUGAGAGAGUGUAUGGUGCCGCACCCAUUUGCAAGUUUCUUGUUAAGAAUCCAGAUGGAGGCUCCGUUGCUCCUUUGUUCUUGUUACACCAUGACAAGGUUUUCAUGGAGAGCUGGUUUCACUUGAAUGAUGUUAUACUAGAAGGGGGAAUCCCGUUCGACAGGGCAUAUGGGAUGAAUGCAUUUGAAUACCCGGCUACAGAUCAAAGGUUCAACUGGGUGUUUAAUCAGGCUAUGUCGAACCACACUACCUUAAUCAUUAAGAAAAUUCUUGAUAUUUACAAAGGAUUUGAAGGGUUGAAAGUGCUGGUUGAUGUUGGAGGUGGAAUUGGUGUCGCUCUUAAUAUCAUCACUUCUAAGUUUCCUCACAUUAAAGGCAUUAAUUUUGAUUUACCUCAUGUUUUAGCUGAUGCACCCUCGUAUUCAGGUGUAGAACAUGUGGGUGGGGAUAUGUUUGUAAGCGUUCCGAAAGGGGAUGCCAUUUUCAUGAAGUGGAUACUACACGACUGGAGUGAUGAACAUUGCUUGAAACUUCUCAAGAAUUGUUAUGAAGCUCUUCCAAACUCUGGCAAAGUGAUCAUCGUGGAAUCAAUUCUUCCUGUGACUCCUGUGAAUAAUGUGUCAUCACAUAUUGUGUUUGAGCAAGAUCUUUUUAUGCUGGCUCAGAACCCAGGAGGAAAAGAGAGGACUCAACAGGAGUUCGAGGCAUUAGCUGUGAGAUCUGGAUUUUCUGGCUGUGAAGUCAUAUGCAAUGCAUACAACAGCUGGGUUAUGGAGUUCCGCAAAAGCUAAUACUUAAAUCUUCGGAAUACUGAACAGAAGUCCCAGUCUCUAGUACCAUGUGUUGAUUGCUUGUGUUAGUGAUCAAGAAGCUAUUUUUGAUUGUCUAAAGUAAUUUCAGUAUUAGAAUUUGCAGUGAAGCAACGUUGAGUUCAGUGUAGAAAUUCUGCUUUAUUGGAUGAAAUAAAAGCAUAAAACCUUUAAUUUCCAA